UUUUUUUUUUAACACUCUUAACGAUCAAGUCAUGGAUGUCACUGAAAUUUUAGAUGCUCAUAAAGCACAAUUCAAACCUAUUACUGUGGAAAAAUUAGUACCUCUUGAUUUUGAUCUGAAUCUAUUGUCUGGCUUUGAUACCAAUGCUCUUGAUGAAAAACGACUAAAGCAAGACAAGGAAGCAUAUUUAAAGGAAUUGACUCGGGACAAUACACAAUUAGUAGUGAAUGGUAUCUUUGAUUUACAAGUGAAGAGUGGAGAUAGUGGAGUAUUGGCUAUGUUACCAGAACGUAGUACUAUUCUUCCUCGUGAAAAGCCAUUGCCCAAGGAUAAACCAUUGACUCGGUGGGAAAAGUUUGCCAAAGUCAAAGGUAUACAAAAUACCAAGCGCGAACGGAUGGUGUGGGAUGAAGAUCGUCAAGAAUAUGUUCCUCGUUGGGGUUAUAAAGGUGGUGCCAAGGAUGUUACUAGUGAUUGGUUGAUUGAAGUACCCAAUAAUGUGGAUCCUAUGACUGAUAUGUAUCAAAAGAACAAGGAAGAAAAGAAGGAACGAGUGGAAAAGAACAGAAAACGACAAAAACGAAAUGAAGAAGAAGGUGCUGCUGCUACCAUGGCUGGUAAGAAGGAUGUACGUGACUUUAAGAAGGAUGAAUUACAACAAGCUAUUGCUGCCUCUCGUACUGCAACUGCUAGUUUGGGUAAAUUUGACAAGGAAUUACGAAAUGAACAACGAGUCAAGGGUGUGACACAUCAGUUCUCUGCCACUAUUGGUGAUUCUAAGGCUGAAAAGAAUUCAUCUCUGGAUAUUCUUAAACGAGUGGUCGGAAAAGAUGCCAAGGUGGAUGUCAAAAAAGCUGUACGUUUACACUCAAAUCAAGAAUCAAAAAAAAACUAUGCAUCAAAAAAGAAACAAGUAUCAAAAAAAGGACGGGCUUGAAAAGUCUAGUAUAAUAUAUCUGAAAGGGCAUAUUUGAUCAUCAUCAUCACCAUUAUCAUUAUCAUCAUCAUAUUAUAUAAAUAUAUAUAGUUAGAACUCUCUUUUUCUUUUAUUUUUGAAAAUAAAAAACCUAUUUUUUUUUCAAUAUUAA